GUCUGCAUUUCUUUAAUGCAAGAGAAGAAUACUCGCUUCACAUGGCAGGUCUCGAGUCGGAAAACAUUGUUUUUUUCUUGUUUUUUUUUUUGAAGUAUAAACUAAUACUUUUUUAGACAAACCGUGUGGGUUUAAUGUGUUGUUGUGUUGAGGUUUUGCACCUGUGACGCUGUGCUAAGUCACAUAGCAAGCUAAUGCACUCAUUGCUAACAGCUUUCUAAACGAAAUGAAAGCGGGAUGCAGUCAGGAGUUAGCUUAAUGUAAAGAAAAAAGAAGAAAAGAUGAAGAACAGAAGUAGUGGCUACAUAGACCAGCGACUCAAACAGAGAGUUGAACAGUACCUGAAAUCCAACGACAGUCAGUAUGUUGAUGUGGCUGAAAUGGCCGCAGACCUUCAGCAACAGUACAGGCUAGAUUAUGGCAGAAGGAACAAAACAGCUUUUAGGAUACAAGUGGAAAAAGUGCACAGGGUGAUAUGUAAUGAGUCUGGGCUCUCAGCACUGGAAGAGAAACACUUGGCUAAAAGAGCAAGACGCAGUAAAGAGGAUGAUGGUGAGGACAGCAGUGUGUUGAGUGACAGCACAGACAGCGAGGCAGAUUUCUCUGAAAAUGAGAACACCAAUCACAUGAACAACUCGCUGAUGUCCCUGUAUUGCAAGGGGAAUCCUGAGAACGGAACCCGUUCAAAGGAGCAGGGCACCAGUAGCCCAAAUCCAGCCUCUCAGAAGGGUUCAUCAGCUGAGGGCAGCAGUAGCAGUUGUACCCCUCAUCCCUCCACCACCGCUGUGUCUGCAGGCGGCUGGUUCAUUGAUAAGACAGGAAGAAAAGAUCAGGAAAACAUCCUGAUUGACCUGUGUGAUGAGGAGGCAGCCAGCCCUGCUGUCAAUAAAGACACUGAUUUGUCAGUGCUGGAGCCUGAAAGGAAGCCAAAGAAGAGCAAGAAGAAAGAAAAAAGAAAAAUCCAGAGAGAAGGAGAAAGCAAAGAUGUAGACGCAGACAUUGCGGAAAGCGUCAUGUCAAAAAAAGCCCGGACCAAGCCUCCCGAACUUCAACAUUCCACAGUGAAGUUUGAAGACGUUGGCGGCAAUGAAGAAACUCUGACGGAGUUGUGUAAAUUGCUCAUCCAUAUGCGUCAUCCUGAAGUGUACCAACAGCUAGGAGUGGUGCCUCCCCGAGGUUUCCUUCUUCAUGGGCCGCCCGGCUGUGGAAAAACCCUCCUCGCCCAAGCUGUUGCUGGGGAAAUGGAGUUGCCCAUACUGAAGGUCUCUGCUCCAGAGCUGGUGUCGGGCAUUUCAGGGGAAUCAGAGCAGAAACUACGGGAGCUGUUUGAGCAAGCUGUGAGCAGUGCUCCCUGCAUUCUGUUCAUUGAUGAGAUUGACGCCAUCACCCCAAAGAGAGAGGUGGCCUCCAAGGACAUGGAGAGGCGAAUUGUUGCUCAGUUACUCACCUGCAUGGAUGACUUGAAUUCCUUAAGCAUCCCAGCACAGGUCUUGGUUAUUGGAGCCACCAACCGGCCUGAUUCUCUAGAUCCGGCUUUGAGAAGAGCAGGACGUUUUGACAGAGAAAUCUGUCUGGGAAUACCGGAUGAAGGAGCACGUCUCAAAAUUCUUAAUACUCUUUGUCGGAAGCUUAAGCUGCCAGCAGACUUUGACUUUGCACAGCUGGCACGACUCACACCUGGGUACGUUGGUGCAGAUCUGAUGGCACUGUGCCGUGAGGCAGCCAUGACUGCUGUUAACCGUGUCCUGCUGCAGCAGCUCGAGACUGGCACCAUGUGUCAGAACAUCACUGAUGUCCAGAAUGAUCUCAGUGCAAAGCCCCAAGACAUGAGCAUGUCUAGUGAUGUGGCAGAAGAGAGUGGCCAGGCUUCUGAUGAUUUAAGUGCACAGCAGGGGGAGCUAGAACAGCUGCUUUCUCUGCUGAGGAACAGCAAGUCUCUGAGCGAGGAACAGCUUGCUGAUCUCUGCAUUGUCAUGGAUGACUUCAGGGCGUCACUGGCACGGGUCCAACCAUCUGCCAAGCGUGAAGGCUUCGCCACUGUGCCUGAUGUCACCUGGGAUGAUAUCGGUGCACUGCAAGACAUUCGCGAGGAACUCACUAUGGCCAUCUUGGCUCCUGUACGUAGUCCAGAGGAGUUCAAAGCUCUGGGAUUGAGUGCCCCUGCAGGAGUGCUGCUUGCUGGACCUCCAGGCUGUGGAAAAACCCUUCUUGCAAAAGCUGUUGCUAACGAGUCUGGUUUAAACUUUAUUUCCGUUAAGGGCCCCGAGCUACUGAAUAUGUAUGUUGGUGAAAGUGAGCGGGCAGUACGCCAGGUGUUCCAGAGAGGACGAAACUCUGCACCGUGUGUGAUCUUUUUCGAUGAGAUUGAUGCCCUUUGCCCCCGACGUUCGGGCCAUGAGUCUGGAGCCAGUGUGCGCGUGGUGAACCAGUUGCUGACUGAGAUGGACGGGUUGGAGACACGCCGCCAGGUUUUCAUCAUGGCUGCCACCAACCGGCCAGAUAUCAUUGAUCCAGCAGUGCUUCGACCAGGGCGUUUGGACAAAACGUUGUACGUGGGUUUGCCUCCGCCAGAAGACAGACAUGCCAUAUUGCUCACUAUUACUAAGGGAGGAACUAAGCCUCGUCUGGACUUGGAUGUAAUCUUGGAGGAAAUUGCCCAUGACGAACGGUGUGACUGUUUCACUGGGGCAGACUUGUCUGCGCUAGUUAGAGAGGCUUCUGUUAAUGCUUUAAGAGCCCACCUCUACUCUCAAACAGCUCUUGCACACACAGGGCACACAUUCUCCUCCAGCUCUGUUAAGGACAUACGGGUCAGCAGGCAGAAUUUUGAAGAUGCUUUCAAGAAGGUGCGGCCAUCUGUGUCCAAAAAGGACCAGCUGAUGUACGAGAAACUGCGAGAAUCUCUCACCAGAUAGGCCACGUUACUGCGGUGUGGCAGUCAAGCUGAUGGACAGUUGUGCUUUUUGUGGACACCAUCUUUUGUCAACAUUUUGUUUUGAUUGAUGUAUAACUUAGAAAUAUUAUUCCAUUGACCUCAAUUCCAUGAGAGCCAUGUUGAAAUAAAAAAUGAGGCAAAGUGCCACAAUAACA